AACCAACCCUAUUUAUGGAAUAUGAAUUGCUAUCCACCCCCCUCUACCACAUAAAACCACACAAUAACUUCGCUCCAUUCUUCUAAACACCCACACACAUCAUGGAUAUGCACGGCGGUGGCAUGGCCGGAAUGUCUCCGCCGCCGACGAAUACAACCGCCGGAAACAUGACAAUGAGCGGCGACUCGCACCCACAUAAAAUGAUGAACACGGCUUUCUACUGGGGAAAGGACACUGUGAUUCUCUUUUCGGGUUGGCCCGGAUCCGACUUGGGUAUGUACAUCUUGGCUCUUUUCUUGGUUUUCGUGCUAGCUAUUCUCGUGGAGUGGCUCUCGCACUGUAAUUUGAUAAAGGAAGAUCGAACCGGGUCGGAUCAUGUUGUGGCUGGAUUGCUUAAGACGUUGAUGCAUACGGUUCGGGUCGGGUUGGCUUAUCUGGUCAUGCUGGCGCUCAUGUCUUUUAACGUUGGUGUGUUUCUAGUUGCUGUGUUAGGACAUGCUGUCGGGUUCUUGUUGUUUGGGAGUAGAGUUUUCAGCAAGCAUCCGCCGACUCCGGUGCUCGGAAAAACUUCCGAUUUGCCGCCGAUGACUUGCUGAUAUGUAUAUCAUUUUCGAUUUUGUAUUCGAGUCUUUUCUGGAUAGGUAUGGAUUGUGAAAUGAGUUUCUUAAUUUAUUUCGUCCUUUUUAGGAAAUGUAUCAGACCAUUCCAGAAUAUAAAAAUUCUAUUGCCUGGGUUCA